CUUGCCGCUCUGUCGCCUUUUUCAGUGCCACACCGUGACAACGCCGACAAUGACUGACAUGGCUUCGUCAUCUGCCUCCGUCACUUACCCCAUGCCUCCAGCGUCAAACAAGCGAGAUCAAGGCGCAAUUGGUGCAGACCUCAUUAUCACCUACUACUCCGACCUGGCUCAGUGUGAAAUCCUCCCAACUGGCUCGCGAUACACUACUUCGGGGAGCUUCAAGGCCGGGACUUUCCUGCCAUUCAUCCAACCCGCAUUCAUUCACGACCUCUAUCCGCGUCUACUCAGCACCAGGACGAGGAAAGAGGACGACUGGGAGGGGAAAUGGUUCAGCAUCGUCGCCCGACUCUUGCCGAACAAACUUACCUUCCACGGCGUCAGGCUGGACGGAUGGGAAGGAGAGGAAACCGAGGUUGUGCAGGUGGCACUGGCACUGCCGCCACAUGUCUCCUUCGCCGGUCCUGUCGAUUUAGAUACUUUUCAUAUCAAGGACGGCGUCUGGCCGGAGCCGCUGCUCAAGACGUCGUUGUUCGUGAGGCUCGGAUCUUACUUACAGCCGGAAAACAACCGUCCUCCCCACAAAGGCGUGCACAUAUGCCACGUCAUCGUCGUCUUUUUGGUGGAACAACAACCAUGGAAAUCUCUCCCCGAGUGGAUGCGGACAACAGCGAGCCCCUUCCCUAGAGGGUCGUGGAUCGUAUGCAGCGGUCGCCUCCUCGGUGUCCUGGACCGCAACGAGGAAGGGGCCAAGCUCUCCCGAGCCGCUCAGAAGCAAGAGGUCCACGGCAGGAAGAAAGAGACCGCGGCUGUAUGA